GCCUACUGUACUACUUCCUCAUACUUUCUCAAACACUCGCAAGAGACAUUAUCACCUGCGCACAGGUAAAAACCCUUUGUCAAUUUAAGGAUAAUCAGGCGCCGCACUGUUGCUGGAUAUUCUGCACGUUUACAGUAUUUCAGUGCAGUAGAAUGAGUUUUAUCACUGGUUGGAAACGCAGCGUGAAGAAAAAUGGCAGCAAAGGGGACGCCCUGCAGGCGAAAGAAAUCUCAGCCGACCCCAAUGGCUCCCCAACACUUCCAGAACUUGACCCCAUCCUCACAGAUUUCAAGUUACAGUUACCAGACAACAAAGAUGCACUCAACUCUACAGAACCAUCAAACACGUCCCUGAAGUCGGACCUGUCUUUGGCCCUGGAGGACUGCAUGGCAGCAAUGGACCUGUUCCUGAGGAAUGACUUUGAGGAGGCCCUGUCCAGGCUUCGCUGCAGAACCAAAGACAGCAUGUACCAUGCGCUCACAUACGCCACCAUACUGGAGAUGCAGGCCAUGAUGACCUUUGACCCGGAGCACAUCCUGGCAGCUGGCAACACCAUGAAGGAGGCUCAGGCAGUGUGUCAGCGGUUCCGCAAGAAGUCAACCUUUAGCAACAGAAACUCCACAGAAGAGGAACUCCAUGCUGAAGUGUGCUAUGCAGAAUGUCUCCUGCAGAGGGCAGCACUCACCUUCCUUCAGGAUGAAAACAUGAUCAGUUUCAUCAAGGGAGGAAUUAAAGUGAGGAAUAGCUACCAGACAUAUAAAGAGCUUCAUACGGUCCUCCAGUCCUCUAGCUACGUCCAUGGUGACAAUCAUGGGCAUUUUGAAGGCGGGGUCAAGCUUGGAGUGGGAGCCUUCAACCUGAUGAUCUCCAUGCUGCCCACUCGUACCCUCAAGUUGCUGGAGUUUGUGGGUUUCUCUGGAAAUAAGGAGUUUGGCUUGCAGCAGCUGAUGGAGGGCUCAGCAGGGCAGACGUUCAGGUCCUUCCUAUGUAAUAUGCUGCUGCUGUGCUACCACACCUUUAUGAGCUUCAUCCUGGGCACUGGGGAAGCGGAUGUGGAGGAUGCAGAGAAACUCCUUCAGCCUUAUCUCAAACAGUAUCCUAAGGGAUCCAUCUUCUUGUUCUUCGCUGGUCGGAUUGAGGUUAUCAAAGGACACCUGGAUGCUGCUAUAGAGCGCUUUGAGGAGUGCUGUGAAGCUCAGCAGCAGUGGAAUCAGUUCCAUCACAUGUGCUACUGGGAGCUGAUGUGGUGUUUCACAUACAAGAGACAUUGGAAGAUGGCCUACUUCUACGCUGAUCUGCUCAGCAAAGAGAAUGCAUGGUCCAAGGCAACAUAUGCGUAUAUGAAAGGUGCCUACCUCAGCAUGCUGACCAGGGAGGAAUGCCAACCAUUCAGGGAGAGCGAGGUAGCGCUAUUCAGGCAGGUACAUGGGCUUAAGCAGAAAAUUGCUGGAAAGUCUUUGCCAACUGAGAAGUUUGCCAUCCGAAAAGCCCGUCGCUACCUGACUGAGAACCCCGUAACACUACCUGCACCUCCUCUGGAGAUGAUGUACAUCUGGAACGGCUACACAGUCAUCGGGAAACACAAAGACCUGACAGAGGGCAUGCUGAAAACACUGGAUGAGGCACAGGCAAAACUCAAAAGUAGGCCAAGGACCGAGUUCACCAUAGACGACCAGUGUCUGGUGAGCCUGCUUAGAGGUCUCUGUCUGAAGCACCUGGGACACCAGGAGGAGGCUGAGCACUACUUCACCCACGUCCUCUGCAAUGAAACACAGAUCAAGUUUGAUCACUACUUGGUUCCCAAUGCACUGCUGGAGCACGGGCUGCUAUGUCUGGAACAAGGGAGGAAGGAGGAGGGAAUCAAACUACUGGAGACAGCCAAGCAAAAUUACAAAAACUACUCCAUGGAAUCACGGACACAUUUCAGAAUCCAGGCUGCUUUGCACAAGGCCAAGGCCACAGGCGAGAAUGGAAUUCACACCAUGCCCUCCAGCCCGUAGCUGGUGUGGUCAAAACAGGGCCAAAGUCCAGCCAUCCCAAAGUGCACAGCCCAAUGCAGCAGGGAUGAGGCAGAGUACCAAACCACCCACUACCAGCAACAAGUGCUUGACUUGGCAGCCAUCGAGCUUUCAGAAAGACACACAACACUACACAAGCAUUCUGUACACUAAACAGUCAAAAGCAUACAGACACUAGUAUUUACUCAGACAAAGAAAUUCUACGCAAUAUAUAGAAAAUACCUCACUGAUGGAUGGAGAUGUACAGGGUCACAUCCGUCUAUUGCAAAAACCUAUUAGUUACCAAUGCCUGAAUAUUCUCCCUCUAGUAUAAAUACAUACAUUCACUGACAAACAGGUAUUUUCACACCUGUCACAAGGGUUUCUGCAACAUAUAGUAUUUGAGUGGUUAACGGUAUUCUCCUUCCUGGGUUUUUCCCUCUGCUCGGAGCUAAUGACUAAAAUCACUGUGGCCAAUCUUGGACAAUGUCUGUCUUGGGUUGACCAUGUUAUAUGGCAGAUAACCUCCUGCCCUAAUGCCUUGAUCUCUGUGAUUAUUCUACUGGAUUUAUUCUUAUUUCUUCAUUUUCACCCUCCUUUCCCGACUCUGAACAGCUCAAUGGAAGUUUUGGCACAUUGGAAAAUAGUGCCCACUGACUGCACAAAGUUAAAUCAUCCAGCCAUGCAAACUCACAUUGCAGGAAUACACGUGAUGGUAGGGGGUUAUUUUGUCUGUGUUUAUUUAUUAACUUCAAUGGCGACUUUUACAAAAUUGUCCCGUUUUAAGUGGACAGAUGAAUGUGUCUUUUAGAAAGGCAGACUCCUUCCUUGUUAUCUUCAUGUGGACACAAUCCAACAGUACUUGAGCACAAACAAACAAGUCUUUCAGAUUGACACAGGAAAACCAGGCUGCCAAUUCCAUCUGUAGUGAGUGAAGCUUUGACAACCACUAGAGCCUUCCAUAUAUAAAUAUACAGCUCCAACAUCAACCUAUACAAGAAUGGCUUAUAGGAAACUAUUAUAUAUUAAAUAGUUCCUUUCCUGUGUAAUAAAUUAGCUAAUAGACUGUGUAUGACCAAUGUUAUUUGUAAUUAGAAAAAGGGUUACCUUUUUUCAUGUUCUAUGACUAUUUAAACUCUUAUGUACAACAAGAUGAGUAUCCAAACCCAAGCUUCUAGAAUGGUGUCUCAAGUUUAAAUGUUGUAAUCAGAACUGAUUUAUUGAUACUUAGAAUACGGUUUUAAGUGAAAGCAAUUGACCAGGAGUCCAUUUAGACUUUUCUAAAGGGGGGAGGAAAUGUAGACAUUGAUUUAUUUUAAAUAUAGAGAUGAUUGUAGUUUGGGAUGUUCUAAUGAUUAUGUUAGACAUUUUCUUGUUUUGUUCCAUGGUUUUAUUUUAAUUAACUGUCAUUAGUACAAACAAUCUUAUUGGCACUGUGAUGUUGAGGUCAGCAUAUUAUAUGGGUCAUGGCUACUAAACAGAUUGACAUUCCUGGACCUGUACAUGCUGAAUGUUUGAUUUGUAAUUUAAGAUUAAAUGAUCAAAUAAGUAACUCAAA